UUCGGAGCAGGCGUCGGCAGCUUCGGGAGUGGGGGUCGUCAGUGGGUAGCUGUCGGCGAGAGGUGGCGGUGGUUUUGUAAGGUGAAGAAAAGAGGGGUUAAGUGAGCCGUGCCGGGCCGUAGAAUCGAGCUAGCGGUGGCGCGGCCCGUGCUCGUGCUAUAGGGCCUCUGCCAGGCAAUAGUGCAAUCGUUUACAAGAUGGCAGACGGUCCGUCCGCGGAAGACGCGGCCACCGACCUAGGGGACAGUGAUUCUCGUUUAACGAGGGAGAGACACAAACGUCAGGACGCUUCGUCUCCGAUGACGUCCUUGAGCACGGGUCAGGAUAUCGCGAGACGCAUCCACGAAGACGCUUCGAUAAUCGAGAAUCAUCCUCAUCAUUGGCAACAACAUCAAUAUCGUCCUCUCCGUCGUAAUUGUCAUACCAAUCUUCAUCUUUCUCGUCGGCAUUCUAGUAACGCUAAUAAUAGUAAUAAUAACAACAACAAUAACAACAACAACAACAACAACAACGACAACAAUAACAAUGGUAAUAUCAACCACAAUAAUCAUCAUCAUCACUAUCAUCGUCGUCACGAGCACGAGGAUGAAAACUUCGAUGGUAACGAGCGCGUUAGUAAAAAUGAAAAUGGUAGUAGUGGUUGUGUUAACACAAUGUGCGUUAUUCCGUUUACGUCAGCGACCAGUGAAGAUUACGAGGAAGAAGAAGACGACGACGACGAUGACGAUGACGACGAGGAUGACGACGAGGAGGACGAGGAGGAAGAGGAGGUAGAAGAAGAAAAUGGAGCGAAGAAGGGUAUAUCGAAAAAGUGUCGCAGCGGUGCUCGAAUUGAUGUCAUAAAGACAGGGAAAAAUGAAGAGAGCGAUAGCGAUAAUAGUAAUAGUAACGGUAACGGUAGUAGUAAUAAUAAUAGUGGUAACAGUGGCGAUGAGGGUGGCGCGAUGACCGGUCACGCGACGCGCGGUGACAAUGCCGGGUGCUUGGUCGGCGACGGUCGACGGUCGAGAUGUGCGGUCGUCGGUGCUUUUCUCAAUUCGAAUGCUCCGAAGGAGAAUGCGAGCAAAAUGAACGAGUGCCGUGUAAAUCCCGACAACGAUGAGGACGAAGACGGGGACGAGGACGAGCACGCGUUAGAAAAAGUGAGCCGUCUCGGAUGCGAUAAGAGUAGCGAGCCCGAUAGAGAUGACGAGGACGCCGCUCGAAAAACGACGGACGGCAUCGCUAGUGAUGGUAGUGGUGAUGGUGGUAGUAGUGGUAGUGGUGGUGGUGGUGCUGCUGCUGCCGCUGCUGCUGUUUCUGCUUCUGGCGGUGGUGCUGCUGGUGCCGCUGGUGUUACUGCAAAUGGCCUCGUUGCCGGCAGGCAUCAGGGUAGCCCUUUCAAGGGACAGGUUAGGACGGCCGAGGACACCCUCGUCGGCCCUUGUGGGAAGAAGCGGUGCGCCGAUCGAUACGAUAGCUCCGAGAGUUCUGACAGUGGCGUGGCCGUGUCCUGCGGGGAAUGCAGCAGCAGCGGUACCAGCGACAUCACGGAGCCCGGUUCCCCGUGCAGCACGAGCAGCGACGAGGGGGUGGCGGCCGUGAGGGGCGCGUCCGCUAGUCCGCUGCCGUCCCUGCCCAAGCUGGCGCCCUCCUCGCAGCUGAGCACCAGGCCCCAGUGGCCCUGGACCCCGCCCCUCGCGGCCACCGCGUGCUCCACCUACAAGAGGCUGAAGGGCGAGCCCGAGGCUGGCGCCCUGCCGAGGUCCGGGGCCGCGGAUCCCGGGUUCAGGGGAGGCGGCAAGUCGGCCGGCAAGCCGAGCGCCGCCGGCCAUCAUCAUCACCAUCACGAGUCCCAGGGGAAGAUCACCGAGUACUUCAAAACGCAGAUCAAGCCCCAGCAACCCAAGAUCAAGAAGAACGGCGAGGCGAUGUCGGUGCUGGUCGCGAAGAGCUCGUCGGAAUUUCGGAGGCCGGCUGCCACGGUGCAGAGGAGCAAGGCCGGUUUGGCCAAGUACCUGUCGCCGAGCGGGCGGGCCGCGUCGGGCAACGAUUGGGAGGUGAGAAAUCUGGCCAUGUCCCCGCCGCCCAGCAAGAAGCCGCCGCUGGUCGUGGUGCCCAGGGCGAACGGCAAGAUGGAGAAGAAGCUGCCCAAGCCUAUGCCCAGCCUGCCCAUCUCGAACGAAGUGUUGAAGAACAUGCCCGGCUGCAAGCUCUCGUCGCUCAGGUUGACCUCGGACGCGAGCUCGAACGCGAAGAACGGCGUCCCCUCGCCUCCCCCGACGCCCACCCCCGCGACGCUGGGCAACGUGGAGGCGGCGGCCCUCGACUUCAAGGGUUGCAUCCUGGCGAAGCCGCACGUGAACGAGAACAACAAUCUGACCAACAGCUGCGGGGGCAUCUUGGGCUCGUUGCGGUCGCAGGGCGGGCAGGACCCGUUGAAGAGGUUCCCGGCCGAGGACGGGGGCAAGGAGGGUAAGGAGAGGCAGGUGAGGCCCGCGGACGAGGACGACGUCGAGGAGGAGGAGGAGGACUCGAGGAGCAGCGAAUCGAAACCACCCCUAUCGCCGAUACUCUCCGCCCCGACCACCAUACGAUUCCCCGCGCGGGAGCCGGAGAAGGACAGGCAACAGGCAACGGACAGCGGUGUGUGCCGGUGGGACAAGUGCGAGGAGAGCUUCGAGUCGAGCGGCGAACUUCUCGAACAUUUGCAGGUAGCUCACAUCAACACCCAGACAGGGAGCGACAACUUCGUGUGCCAGUGGCAGGGUUGCAAGGUGCAGGGGAGGAGUUCCUGUUCGAGGAGGUGGUUGGAACGGCACGUGUUGUCUCACGGAGGGAACAAGCCCUUCCGGUGCAUAGUCGACGGCUGCGGCAGCAGAUUCAGCUCUCAGACGGCUCUCGAGAGGCACGUGAACGGACACUUUAAUCAACCGGAAACGAGCAACAAUAACGCUAGACGGAGCUGCGAGAGCGGAGGGAAAUUGGUGAGAAGAAACGGUAAACGGCUUCGAUACAGGCGGCAACCGUGGUCAGCGAGACUGUUCGAUUACUUCGAUUCAGGGGUGAUGGAGGGUCUUCAGCACAGGCUGCUUCAAUUGGCGAAGUCGAGAACGCAAGGUCGUCUCGCUGAGACACCAGGAAAUUCGAUGGCCCUAACUAGUCAAGUAUUAGCCCGAAGAGUAGAAAUGGACGGAAAGACUAAAGUAUUGUUACGAUGGUACCCUCAAGAUAUCGAGCCGGACGAAUGGGUAUUAGAGUCCGAAGUACAAAGCACGAAAAACGUAGGGAUACGGAAAGUGGCGGCGUCUCACCCGGAGGAAGUGAGCUUGGCCCUGUUCUCGGCAGUGGGCAGCACUGAGCCGUCGUCGAUGCGAGUUAAGCAGCGCCGGAAACCGGCCAAGAACUCGUGAUAAUGCCGAUCGAGAAUGAUCGAAGGGAAAAGCGUGACCAAGUAGCGACGAUCGAGCCAGAGAACGAAUAGAGAGACGAGUCCUGUAUCAGGAUGAUCGCGCUUUCUGGUAUGGAAACUGGGGGAAAAAGUAAAAAAGAAGCCUAGCAAAAUUAACCUGAAUGCAGAUAAUUCAGGGAAGGGUAACCUGGGUAAGACGCCCUCUCGUUUCGAGAGCUAGAAAUGCAUGGCCCGAAGUACGGAUUAGAUUGGAUCGAAUGGUCUUAACGAGUCCGAACUGUAAUGGACGAAUCGGGAGAAUCCAUGAGGAUCUGCGAGAAUGGAUUCGAGAGAGAGAGAAGAAGAAGGACGAGGAUAGAUUGGAAGAUAUGCAUCGCUCGAGAAGAGGAAGAAGAAGAAGAAGAAGAAAGGAAGGACGAACGAACGGACGAAGAUUAAGAACUUAGCUAAGAAUAUACCCAAAGGAGAAGAAAGAGUAAUUACUACAUUCUAAUUUAUUUAGCCUAAAUCGAACGAAAUCGUUAGGUGAUAUAUUUAGUAGUCGUGGAUAGCGAUGAAAUGAUAUUCUUGUUGCCUAUCGAUACCAAAUUUUGAAAACGUUGGGGUCGAUUCCUGCCACGAGUGCCUGUGAUACUCGAAGCUGCGACACUCGUCGGACUCGGAAGAGCUAGGCUUGGGCCUCAAAAGUGCCUCACCGUGGAUACGAUUUUAUAUACCGUUGACCGUCGUCACCAAGACCAAUCGAGAGAGACGGUGGAGUUGAAUUAAAAUGAAAGAAAGAAAAAAAAGAAAAAAAUAAAAACAAAAAUACAAAAAAAAAAUACAAAAAGAAAAAAUACAAAAAAAAAAAACAAGAGGAAGAAGGAGACGAAGGAGGAAACAAUAACGCAAGAGACGAGACGAGAAUUUUACUUCGAUACAACUCGAUACGAUAAUGCGCGACUCGCUGUUAAGCGAGCGAAGAAGGGAGUAAUAAUGAUAAUAAUAAUAAAAAAAAAAAUAAUAAAAAAAAAACAAAGAGAAGUAAGGGAAAAAAAAAUGCAAACUAUUAAAUGUUAGUUAACGAGAUUGUAAGGAGAUAAUCACUCUGGUGGCCUUAAGAAUCAAUUAAUAUCUAACAACGGCCCCUUGGCACUUCCGGGCCCUGUUCAACUACCCCCCGAGAUGAAAGAGAGAGAAAGAGAGAGAGAGAGAGAAAAGGGGUGCGAAGAAUGGAGACGCGAACUUGUGUUUCGGCUCACCCUCGACCCUCGACCAACUUUUAAAAGGAGAUGUAUCUACCUCGAUCUUCAACUCGGUAGAAAUUCGUGCAGGCCGUUGUCGUGCGACGUGCGGAGAUAAAGAGAGAUUGAGAGGAAGAGAGAGAGAGAGAGAGAGAGAGGAGCUUAGAGGGGGCGUGCAUGCAUGGGCGUUGCGUUAUCGGAUAAAGGAAUCUUGCGAGAAGACGACAACAGAGGGCAAUAGCCAAAGACGAAUGUAAAUGGUAUCACCGAAGAAUAGACGAAAAAAAGAAAAGAAGAAAGAGAGAAGGAAGAAACGAGAUACGAUUCGCUGUUACUUUCACGAGAAUGUAUAAUAAAACAAAGGUUGACGCGAAACUUGAAACGGUAAGAGACAGUCGAACGACCGAUGUGCCAAUGGGAUUUCUAUCGAGAUUUAUCCGUUUUCCCCUCUUCGAGAAAAAGAAAGAGAAAAGAGAGAGAGAGAGAGAGAAUAUCGUGUACGAAACGAGAUGGAAAAAUAGAGAGAAGAGUAAAAAGAAAAAAAAGUAAAUAAAUAAAAAGAGAAGUCGGAACGAGCUUGCUUUGUUCGUGCCUAAAACUUGUUUUUCAUUUCACACUUCAUCGUCAACCUAUUUUUAUCUUCCCUGCGCUUAGUUACGUGCAACGAAAAUGUCAAUGCUGCAAACUCUGCCGCUGUGGCGAAACGAGAUCGAGCAAAUAGUUUCUAUUAUUCUGUUUAACCCUCUCGUUCUUAUCUUCCGAUCGCCGAAUCGACAAAGGCAAAAAAAAAAAAAGAAAAGAAAAGAAAAGGAAAAUCAGAAUAAAAGCAGGAAUCUCCAAUGAUUUUUCAUUUCAAAAGCAACUGUACAUUAUAUAUUAUAUACACAUACAUAUAUAUAUAUAUAUCCUCUUUAUGAUUCCCGAAUUCAAAAACUCUCUCAGUUCCAAGUCUCUGUAUCGUCUCAACGUUUUUCAUCCGAUUCGACGGAAAAAAGAAGGGAAGAUAAUAUAACAUCGCGUCGAAGAAGAAUUUUGCACGCAGAUCAGCUAUCGGAAUCGCGACGAAAGAGAUAAAAAUUACUCGGUCGGUCGGGGAUACCUGCGAUAAAAAAGGAACAGCUCUGAAGGAAAGAAAGUGGAUGAAAAAGGAAGAAAAAAGAACCGCCUAUUCGACAGCGUGAGAGCAUCGACUGCAGUACCGACCGUACGUACGAAGAGCUGUUACCACUCUGAAUAAUAAGGAUGAAACACGAUGGCUGUGUUACAUUUUCCACAGGAGUUACUAAAGGGUUGGGGGAAUAAUGCGAAAGCGAAUCGUUUACAAAGAGGAAGGAGAAGAAGGAGGAGGAGGAGAACUUAUGGAUAAUGGAUGAGUGUGUGUCGGAUCGCUAUUUUCAUAGGUGUUAGGUUAGACACGCCGAGAUCGUAGAAAAUAUAUUUCUCGUAUCGCGGGAAUUUCUGACAUCAUGGAAUGUGGAUGCCGCACGAUUGUACACAUAUAUAAUUAUGUAGAGAGUAAAGUGAAUACUUGUAAAUUAAGAGGAGUAACAAGUGGGAGGGGUGGAUUAUUCGACGUGUCGACGACGUGUUGUGUAGCUGGUACGAGCUGGUAUGAUCGAAAAGAUGCGAGGAAGAGAGAGAGAGAACAAGAAGAGAAAAAAAAGAACGGAGGAGAGCAAUUAUCGAGCGAAGAAGGAGACAACUGGAUAGAGCGAAAAGAGGAAAAGAAUAAGCAUACUGGGACAUACACACACACGGACAGAAGCACAUCUACACACACCAGCUAAGAAACACUGCCAAUACGAUUGUAAUUAAGAACUCUAGGCUAAUUGGUCGAUUAAUUAUUCUUACUAUUAUUAUUAUUAUUACGAUUAACUGUAUAAUCCGAUAGAUCUCUAGUUGCCGCGGAUGUAUAAGUGGUUUACGAUGUGUCCUUUGUUGCUUCAGGUGCGUGCGUGCGCGUGAGCGAGUGCGCGAGUGAAAAAUUAUUCGUCACCGUAAUUAUACAUAUAUAUAUAAAAAAAAAACUCUCGCUGGUUUCCUUUACGCAGAAAAAAAAGAAAAAAGAGAAAAAAAGUACCGGCGCACGUGCCAACGGCAACGGGAUAUAUAUUCGCGGACGAGCGUAUGUAAAUAGUUAGUUGAAAUUAUCUGUAAAUCGCCUGAUGAUACGGGCCACUGCCUCUUCUUUUAGAAGGAUAUCGAAGCUGUCCCGAAGGGGGCGGCGCACAGCCUAUUGUCAGCUUACACGAUUCCAAGCGAGAAGGAGAUUCACUUUUUUGAUCUUUUGGAUUCUCGUUUCGGAAGAGAGAGAGACACACACAUAUAUAUAUAUAUAUAUAUACAUACACACAAGUACACGUUUGGGUGUUCAGCAUCACGAGAAGAGGAGCGCCGCGAUGAAAUGGAAUCGAAGAGGGAGAUCCGUUCUGGCUCGUUAUGGAAAGAGGAAGCGGUUCGCAGGAGAGAAGAGAAGAAACGCGUCACUGCCAAAUAACGCGCACUGCCACCCGUUCAAAUACCAUGGACGCUGUACGCGACUUUCAGAAACCGCCUCUUAAUUAAUUCGCUUAACUUUUCGAGUUUGGUACCGUUUUCUCACCGUCCCGCGCCUAAACUGGUCGCCCUCCGAUCGAUUCUUUUUCUUUCUUUCUUUCUUUAUUUCCCUCUCUUCUCUCUUCUAACGUUCUUCACAUCCUUUUUAGAUCCGUUUUUUUGCGCGAACGUUGCGCCGUCACGCGCGCUUACUGCCAGUCUCAUCACGUUGGACGCGAAACCAAGGCACUGCCAGCGAAAAUAUAAAGACGUAGGAAAAUCCGUAUCGCGUAUAUAUAUAUAUAUAUAUAUAUGUACAUAACAGCUAUAUGUGUAUACAAGUUAAACUCGCCGUUUAAACGCAGAGAUAAAACGAUCGAUCGAUUUUUUCGUUUAGCGCGCGGUAUAUUCUGCCCCCCUCCUUUUCCUCUCUUUCACCGCUCGCCUUUUUCCCCCCUCGUUUUUUGCUUUUUUCCCCUUCCCCCCCAUGUUGUGGCAUCUUUCUGCCAGUGCCAUGUAACAUAUCUCACGUCGCGCACCUCGUUUCUCUCCCCACUAUUUUUCGUACCGCUUCUUCUUUCUUUCUUCUUCUUCUUCCUCCUUCUUUCUUCUCCUCCUUCUCUUCGUGUUCAUCUUUGUGUUCAUGUUCGCGUUUGAUUUACUUCGUGGCGUGAUCGGUGGAUUCGAUCGUCGUUCCUUUCGCUCCACUCUCGUCGCGUUUCUAACGAUCCUCUCGUUAGAUGAUCGAUUAGGUGAGAUAUAUAGGUAACGAUUACGAAGAAACUUUUAUCACGGGUGGGACCAAUUUCUAUUUUGCGCGGGAACUCGUGUUAGUACAUACGUUUUUUUUUCUCCCUCUCACUCUCUCUCUCUCUCUCUCUCUCUCUCUCUCUCUCUCUCUCUCUCUCUCUCUCUCUCUAGAAUUAUUUCGAAAGCAUUGAUACGAUGCGUGUGAACGUAAGGCGGGAGGGGGGGGAGGGGGACGCGUUCAGUGUCGUGUUCAGUCGUAUUUAGAAAGAUAUAAUCGAAUUAUCGAUUAGGUUUAGAACGUUUUCGCAACGUUGUUUAGAUAGAAAUUAUUAAGUUUACUCGAUUUACUCGAUAUUUAGACAUGUAAUUGUACGUUUGUUUUUUUUUUUUGAGCGAGGGUGGAUCGGCGGGAAACGCUUUCGGUUGUGUCCGAUCACGCUUGAUCUCGUGGCAGUGAACCGUGGCGGGAAAUUUAAAAUCGAUGCGAGAUGAAAUGAAAAUCUGAUUUUAUUUCGGAACCUGCCCCAACAAUUUUUCGACAUUUUUAGAUUAUUAUUAUUAUUAUUAUUAUUAUUAUUAUUAUAUAUAUGUGUAUAUAUUUAUAUGCAUAUAUAUAUAUAUAUACAUAAACACACACACACAUAUAUAUAUAUUAUAAUCAUCAUAGUUCGCUUCGGAAAAGACUGUCCGCAUUUAGUGUAUAGGAUCUAAUUAUUGUGUGAUUCUAUUUCAAGUAAACGGAAAAAAAAAAGAGAAAAAAAAAAAAGAAAAAAAAAAGGAAAAAAAGGAAAAAAGGAAUCGGAGUAGUAGAGAUAUUCGAUGCUGUGAAUAAUAAAUUACCAGUUCUUUCAAUUGAUUUAUUCUGACAUUCGUAUUUUUGUUUAUUUUUUUUUUUUUUUUUUCCUUUUAAUCAUUCGUCGAUUAUUCGUACCGUUGUAUUUGAGAAAUAAAAAGAAGAAGAAAACAUCGACAGAAAGACAAAGACGGAAAGAACAUCAAAUUGUUCAGUUUGAAAUAUUGAUUUUUCGUAGAUACAUUUUUCUUCCUUUUUCUUUCCCUCCCCCCUUCCUUUUUCUAAGACGGGGGAGGGGGUUGUAUUUGUUCGCAAUACUAUUCACUUUUAAUACCACUUUUUCCCAUUUUUUUUUUUAUUAUACAUAUAUAUGUAUAUAUAUGUAUAUAUAUGUAUGUGUAUAUAUAUAUAUACAUAUAUAUGUAUCGAUCGUGUUUUUCCCCCGUGCUAGCAUUAGUAAAGUAUCCGCGUUAUUUUACGCAUUAUUAAACAAUAAUAAAUGUAUAUUUUAACGAAACGUUGUAAAGUUUUACAUAAGGUAAUUAGGAUAUUCGUUAGGAUUGAAAACGAGAGGGGAGACUCGGGCUGAGGAACAGUUACGAGGCGUGUUUCAACUUGUGUUUCAAAACAGAUGUAUCGUUUGAAGAGUGUGUGCAUGUGGUAUUGUUCGCGAUCGUGGCUGUUCUCUCGGUUCCCUUGUACAUGUGUAAAACGUAUGCGAAAGACUGUGGAGGAGUGAGAGAGAGUGAUCGCGUGUGUAUAUGCAUGCCUGCGUGCGUGCGCGUGAGAGAGAACACGCGGUUAUAAUUAUAAUGGAUCGUUUAGAGCACUGUGUAAAUAAAGAUACACGAUCGAUUACGAGUCGCGAUGUUCGGGACAAAAAACUAUAUAUAUAUAUAUAUAUAUACAUACACAUAUAUAUAUAUAUAUAUAUAUAGACGAAGAAACGAUAGGCGGAAAAAAAAGAGCGAGAGGAAGGCGAAGGAGACAGAGAGAAGGAGGAAAGAAAGAAGAACGAUGGUACGACGACGGUCUCGUAUUUUUGCAAACGACAGUUGAGAGUUAACUUGAUAUAGAAGCGGACGAGACGCGUAUGUAAUAAUUUUUUUCCUUUCGUCUUGCGUUCGACAUGCCGAAUAUAAUUUCUUCCGAAUAAAAAGAAGAUACUAACGUUUUUCUUUUCUUUUUUUUUCUUUUGCAUUUUUUUUCUUUCUCUUUCUUUUCAAAGGAAAAACGAAAAAGAGGAUAUCGAUGGUUAAACGACGAUUCCUCGGAGACACACGUGUUCGUUUAACGUUCGGUUGUAAUUAAUUGUUCUUUUUCCAUCGAUUCGACUCUCUCAAAGCUCGCGUAUACUUAAAGCAACUAGUGGAUAAGUUUGUAAAAAGUUUGUGAAAUUGAAUUUAUAAAUUCUCAUUCCAGUCGGUUUGUCGUCCACGUUGGAACCCUCGAGCACGAUCUCCAAUCCAUCGUCACACAUUCUUUUUCUAACGCGUUUCUUUUAAUCGCAAUCACGCGCAGGGGAAAAAAGCAAUAUACCACGGAUAAAUAAACCGCGUGCACGCGUUUCGGCUGGUUCUAGCGUACGAGUGGAGCGUAUUCGAGGGUUAAACCGAGGCCGAGAAACAGCUUCGAAAUUCGCGUUUCGAAAUUCGAACAAGUGAUUUUACUCGCUUAUCGACAUUUCGUCGGGCGUUUUGUCAUCGUUAUCAUCGACUCGAGCGAUUUCAAUCGAGCGUGUUUCCCUCUUAAAAAUCGUCCAAAUUCGAUCGAAUUUCGAAACCGCUGUUGGAAAUUUCGCCGUUUCUUUCAGGCAACGAAGGGGGAGGGAGGAUUUAAAGUUCGUGGACGAAAGAAGCACGAAACGCGGCGAUAAAAAAACUUGUAUAUUGAAUACGGCUUUCUAGUUUUCACGGCUCUCUCUUGAAGAAACCGCGCUCGAAGAAAACUAUUUACCGGGCGCGCCUCUUUAAUAUGAUAAUAAUAAUUAAAAAAAUAAAAAUAAAAAAGAGAAAGAAGCAGCAGAAGGCAUUCGUAAAACGUACAAAGAAAAAGAGAAAAGAGGAUGAAAAUAAAGUGAGCAGAGUUGAAACGAUUACAGAGGAGAAUUGAGACAUGUUUUACCAGUGUAAAUAAUCGGCUAAGGAUAUUAACGAUAUAGUGUUUGCUCUUUUAUUAUAAAUUCUACGUAGAAACGGACGAGGAGAACGAUCGCGUCCCCUCGAGAGAGAGAGAGAGAGAGAGAUAUCGUUUCCUACACACGAUCGCUAUGGAUCGGCAUACGAUACACGCGUCUAUCCUUUCGUCAAAUUUUCCAUUGUUCGAGCCUCGUGUCGAUUAUCGAUCGUACGUUCCACGCGUUUCUUCCCUCUUUUGCUUUUGCUUUUUGAGAAUUUCUCAUUGUUCCAAACCGAAUGUGACGAACCGCCAUUUUCUUUCUUCAUCAUUCGCGAUAAAGGUGAAAAAGAAAUAGAGAAAACGAGAUAAAUCGGAUGAUAUAUAUAUAUAUAUACAUAUGUAUAAAGUUUAAAACGUUGAGAUCGGUAAAAAAUCGGCACCGUCGACGUCCACUGUCUUUCGACCUUUGAAAACUGGAAAGCCUGCUCUGAUCGCCUUUUUUCACUUUUUUCAUCGGAUAUAUAUAUAUAUAUAUCGAUAUAUAUAUAUCGAGCCGAUCGUUUCUUUGAACGACCUAAUUUUUCCGAUGAGGUGGCAAUAAAUUGUCUCCGAUCGAGGAUUAGAUAUGGAGGAAUAUAUAGAGAAUAGAAGAAAGAUAUACUUAAUUGUUAUUGCAUGUACACAAUGUGAUACAAUGAUCGAGAGAUGAGAUAAUAAAAUUUUGGACGAGAACGAUCGGUUGCCGCUUCAUCGGUCGCGCGAAUUCCUCGGCCUCGCGAUCGGCCGACUUAAAAGAGGAGGAAGAAGAAAAGGACGGGGAAGGAAGGAACAAUCGAAGGGGGAAAUCGAAGAGAGUUCGCUUCGCACUGCCAAAAAAAAGAAGAGAGAAAAGAAAAGAAGAGCUAAAAGAAGCGAAGAAAUAAAGAGCUCAAUGUCUCGCGCUUCAUUGUGCGCGUUGUUACCGAUCCUGUCGUGAGCGAUCGUCGAAAGCACCGCCGGUGUUCAUUCUAAUCCACACUUAUAUAGAUAGUGGUACGACUACUGCUACCAUUACUAUCACUACUACUACUACUAUUACUACUACUACUAUUACUACUACUGCUACCCGAGAAGAGAGGAGGAAUAUAAGGUAAAAACAAGAAAGAAAAAAAAAUGAGAAACAAUACAAUGUGUAGAGAGGGGGGGGAGGGGGGGAGGGGAGUAUAAGAUAAUAUACUUAGACUAAACUGCGCACGCGAAGAUUUUUUAAAAACCCGUAAUUAAAUCGCGCGAGAACAGAGAGAAGAAGCUAAGCGCGUCGAACAGUGCUUUUGACUUUUUUGGACUAUUUUCAUGUACAAACACGAAAUGACGGUUUAUAGCUCAAGGAGAAACAUUAAAAGAGACAGAUAUUGUAAGAGAGUAAUAAUAAUUUGACGGUUACGAUAUCGUAA